AUGUUUCGUCGAACCUUUCUGGCUCCUGUGAGAAGAUUUACUUUAAAUAAACGACGAUUUCUAUAUCAUGAUUUGCAAUGGAAUCUAGUACGAUAUAACUCAUUUGUAAGUUCUAAUAAAAUUAAAAACUCGACUUUAAAUACCAUAUUUAAUGAUAAAAGUUGGGCACUUCAAAAUCAUUUAAUCAAGGCUUUUGACAAAAAAAGCUCCAUUAUUAUGGAUCAAGCAGGUGAGAUUAUUCAAAAAAACGUUAUACCAAUCUUUAAAAGAUAUCCUGAAUUAAAAAGUAGGUUACAAAUAUCACUGGAACGUGUGUACAAUGACGAAAUUAUAUCUAAACAUGACACAGAGUUGCAACUGAAGAAUAUUGCCUGGGCUAAAUUGAAGAAACACAUCUUUAAUCAACUUACCAAUUAUCAACUUUCCAACACAUCGUUACGCAAAUACAACGACUAUCUAUUUGAUUAUAACUCAUUAGAAUGUAUCUAUUCCAAUAUUGUAAAGAAUUUAGUUGAAGUGGAUUAUGUUGAUAUUUUGAUCUGGAAUAAAUUAAUAGGUAAAAAUGUCGAAAUAAUUACUACACAAGAUAAAUAUGAUUACCUAAUAUCUCAGUGUUACAAAUAUAUUUAUCAACAACAAACUAUACCAUUUAAUUUACAACUGGAUGAUACUGAUACAUUAGACACUGUAGAUAUUUCAAAUCCUGCACAAUGGUUCAAUGAAACAAGAAAGAUGAAACGCCAUAUUAUUAUGCAUUUAGGUCCAACAAACUCUGGUAAGACUUUUCGUGCAUUACAAAGAUUGAAACAGGCUAAAAAAGGUUAUUAUGGAGGACCUUUGCGUCUAUUAGCACGUGAAGUGCAUGACAAAUUUCGUAAUGAGGGGAUCCGAUGUAAUCUAUUAACUGGUGAAGAGAUUAUAGAAGAUUUAAAUUCGAUGGGUAAUAAAGCUGGGAUCACAUCUGGUACCAUUGAAAUGAUUCCAUUAAACACCAAAUUUGAUGUUGUGGUUAUUGAUGAGAUUCAGAUGAUGGCUGAUCCAGAUCGAGGUUGGGCAUGGACCAAUGCAUUGCUAGGUGUUCAAGCUAGAGAAGUUCAUGUUUGUGGUGAACCAAGUACAUACAAUAUUUUGAAAAAGAUAGUGAAGAUGACGGGGGACAAAUUAAUAUUAAAUGAGUAUGAUAGAUUAGGCAAACUAAAUGUUGAAAAGAAAUCGUUAGCACAUAACUAUAAAAAAUUGCGUAAAGGCGAUUGUCUUGUUGCAUUUUCGAAAAAGAAAAUUCUUGAUUUAAAAUUGGAUAUUGAAAAAAGGACAAAUUUUAAAGUCGCUGUUAUAUAUGGUAGUUUACCACCUGAGACCCGAGUACAACAAGCCAAUUUAUUCAACAGUGGGGAAUAUGAUAUUCUAGUAGCAUCUGAUGCUAUUGGAAUGGGAUUGAACCUUAGUAUAGAUAGAAUCAUUUUUACGACUAGUAAGAAAUUUAAUGGAUCAGAGAUGAUUCAAUUGAGUGAUUCGCAGAUAAAACAAAUUGGUGGACGUGCUGGUAGAUUUAAAUCAAACUCCAACACACAAACCACGAAAAAAUCUCCAAGCGAUGGCUGCAGAAAUCGAGAUUCAGAUAAUAAGUCUGUUGGAUACAUCACUGCUAUGGAUGGAAAAACAUUGGAAGUUAUAAGAUCUGGUAUUGAAGCUCCAGUAAAAAAUUUAAACAAAGUGGUCAUUUGGCCCAUAGAUGAAAUAUGUUCCCAAUUGAUGAUACGAUAUCCACCAGGAACGAAAGUGAGUUUCUUAUUACGUACAUUGGCAAAACAAUUAGAACAAGAUGAAAGUAGUAUAUUUGAAUUAUCUGAUUUAAGUAAUAAACUGUCAGCAAUAUCGAUGUUUGAACAUAUGAAUGACAUAUCCUUUUUUGAUAAAUUGAGACUGAGCACAGCACCAGUCAAGGAUACUGCCCUAGUGAAAAAGGCGUUUAUUGGUUUUUGUGACACUAUUGCACGAGGGGAGACUCGUGGAUUAUUAUCAUACAAGAUUCCUUUCCAUUACUUAUCUUAUAAAUACAUUCCUGAUGAAUCUGUAAGUCUUGAAAAAUAUGAGUCAUUAUACAAUAUUAUAAUGCUAUUCUUCUGGUUAAGUAAUAGAUAUCCUGAAUAUUUUGUUGACUUAGAAUCAGCAAGAGAUUUAAAACUUUUUUGUGAAUUAAUUAUAUUUGAGAAGUUGGAUCGUUUGAAACGUAAUCCAUAUCUGCUGAAGUUCCGUUAA